GAGGCUUAAGGCAGUAGAUGGUGAGCGCCAACCUUCGUCUUCUUCCAUGGUCUCACUCUGAUCAUCAUCCGUAAGAGAGAGAGAGAGAAAGAGAGAGUGAGAGAGAAUCAGCGAAGAUGGUGAAGGUCCGGAUGAACACGGCCGAUGUGGCCGCAGAGGUCAAGUGCUUGCGUAGAUUAAUCGGAAUGCGAUGUUCCAAUGUCUACGAUAUCUCUCCUAAGACAUAUAUGUUCAAGCUCAUGUAUAGUAGUGGCGUCACUGAGUCUGGGGAGAGUGAAAAGGUUUUUCUUCUCAUGGAAAGUGGUGUUAGGCUACACACUACUGCUUAUGUCCGGGAUAAGAGUAAUACUCCAUCUGGGUUUACUCUGAAACUGAGGAAACAUAUACGGACGAGAAGAUUGGAGGAUGUGAGACAGCUUGGAUAUGAUAGGAUUGUUCUCUUUCAAUUUGGAUUGGGCGCUAGUGCAUACUAUGUUAUAUUGGAGUUAUAUGCCCAAGGAAACAUUAUUCUCGCAGAUUGUGAUUUUACAGUCUUGACUCUACUUCGGUCCCACAGGGAUGAUGAUAAAGGGGUUGCAAUCAUGUCAAGACAUCGUUAUCCAACUGAAAUUUGUAGAACUUUUGAGCGGACUACUAUUGCUAAGUUGCAGACAGCUCUUACUACUUACAAGGAGCCUGAUAGCAUUGAAUCUGAUAAGGUUAAUGAUAGUGGAAUUAAGGUGCGUGCUACCUCGAAAGAAAAACAGGGUACCCACAAAGGGGGAAAGCCUUCUGAUGGUGGUGCCCGUGCCAAACAGCCUACUUUAAAAAUUGUUCUUGGGGAGGCACUUGGCUAUGGGCCUGCACUCUCUGAGCAUAUCAUAUUAGAUUCUGGUUUGGCUCCAAACAUGAAAAUUAGUAAAGAUAGCAUGUUGGAUGAUAGUACACUUCAGGUUUUGGCCCAAGGUGUUGAGAGGUUUGAGGACUGGCUGCAUGAUAUUAUAUCAGGUGAUCGAAUUCCUGAAGGAUACAUUUUGAUGCAGAAUAAAAAUUUAGGGAAGGAUGGCCCUUCAUCUGAACCAGGAACAGGAAGUAGAAUCCAGAUGUAUGAUGAAUUUUGCCCCAUAUUACUAAACCAGUUCAAGUCUCGGGAGCACACACAGUUUGAGACAUUUGAUGCAGCUUUGGAUGAGUUCUACAGCAAAAUUGAGAGUCAAAGAGCUGACCAACAGCAGAAAUCAAAAGAGAUCUCUGCCAUCCAGAAACUUACAAAGAUACGGACAGAUCAGGAAAAUCGUGUGCUUACUCUUAGACAAGAAGUUGACCGUAGUGUUAAAAUGGCAGAACUGAUAGAAUACAACUUAGAAGAUGUGGAUGCUGCUAUAUUAGCUGUUCGUGUGGCUCUUGCAAAUGGUAUGAGUUGGGAGGAUCUUGCUCGUAUGGUAAAAGAAGAGAAGAAAUCUGGUAAUCCAGUUGCUGGCCUCAUUGACAAGCUUUAUCUAGAGAGAAAUUGUAUGACAUUGCUUUUAAGCAACAACCUUGAUGAAAUGGAUGACGAUGAAAAAACACUCCCGGCAGAUAAGGUAGAAGUUGAUUUGGCUCUCUCAGCUCAUGCCAAUGCACGGCGGUGGUAUGAACUAAAGAAAAAGCAGGAGAGCAAACAGGAAAAGACUGUUACAGCACAUGAAAAAGCAUUUAAAGCUGCAGAAAGAAAGACUCGCCUCCAGCUGAGCCAGGAAAAAACUGUUGCUUCAAUUUCACAUAUGCGAAGAGUUCACUGGUUUGAAAAAUUUAACUGGUUCAUCAGCAGUGAGAACUAUUUGGUUAUUAGUGGACGUGAUGCUCAACAGAAUGAGAUGAUAGUAAAGCGCUAUAUGUCAAAAGGGGAUCUGUAUGUUCACGCAGAACUGCAUGGGGCUUCUACCACUGUGAUAAAGAACCAUAGGCCUGAACAACCAGUACCCCCACUGACAUUAAACCAAGCUGGAUGUUUCACAGUGUGCCACAGCCAGGCAUGGAAUUCAAAGAUUGUCACUAGCGCUUGGUGGGUUUAUCCUCACCAAGUCAGUAAAACUGCUCCUACAGGGGAAUAUCUUACAGUUGGUAGUUUCAUGAUUCGUGGGAGGAAGAACUUUCUUCCUCCACAUCCUCUUGUUAUGGGCUUUGCCUUGUUAUUUCGCUUGGAUGAGAGUUCCUUGGGUUCACAUUUGAAUGAAAGGAGGGUGAGAGGUGAGGAAGAAGGGAUGGAUGGGGUUGAUGAAAGUGGCCCUCUCAAAGAAGAAUCUGAUACUGAGUCAGAGACUGAAGAACUUGAAGAAUCAAAAAGCCUUCCUAAUUCGUCUACAAAUCUAAUUGGGCCCGAAAGUCUAUCUGGAGUUGAUUCUACUCAAAAUUUCCAAACAGUUUCCCCAGCUGAACCAAUAAACUCAUCAGAACUCUCCACCGAUGACAGCAAGACGUUUACUGAUGUCAGUGAGGAGAAAGUAUCUAAUGCUGCAUCAGUCACCCCACAACUUGAGGAUCUCAUUGAUAGAGCUCUUGGGCUUGGAUCUGCCACUAUAUCUGGUAAAAAGUACAAGCUUGAAACUUCUCAAGCAGAUUUGGUAGAGGAGCAUGAUCAUGAAGAGAAGGCAGCGACAAGAGACAAACCCUAUGUCUCAAAAGCUGAAAGAAGAAAGCUCAAGAAAGGCCAGAAAAAUGACACAGAAACUGUUGAGCAGGAAGGGAAAAAAAAUCCAGGAGGAAGCAAUCAUUGCCAGAAAAAUGGUGCUGCAAAUGUUGAGCAGGAAGGGAAGAAAAAACCACUAGGAGGCAAUCAUUCUUCCACUCAUUCUGAAAAACAUGUUCCUGAUGCAAAGCCAGUUGGUGGAAAAAUCAGUCGAGGACAGAAGAGUAAGCUCAAGAAGAUGAAAGAGAAGUAUGCUGAUCAAGAUGAGGAAGAAAGAAGCAUCCGUAUGGCCUUACUUGCUUCUGCAGGAAACGCAAACAAGAAAGACACCACCGAGUCACAGGAUGAAAAUGUAGCUCUGACUAUAGGGACCAAAUCUGAUGGUCCUCUAGAUGAUGCACUUAAAAUAUGCUAUAAAUGUAAGAAGCCUGGUCACUUAUCCCGGGACUGUCAAGAGCAUCUAGGUGAGGUGUCACAAAGUCUUGUGAGCGGAGUUGAAGUUCCUCAUGCAGUAUUGGAUGAAACUGCUUCUGAGAUGGACAAAGUUGUCAUGGAAGAGGAUGACAUUCAUGAGAUAGGUGAAGAAGAGAAAGAAAAAUUGAAUGACGUGGAUUACUUAACCGGGAAUCCACUACCUAGUGAUAUCCUCUUAUAUGCCGUGCCGGUAUGCGGUCCUUACAGUGCAGUUCAAUCUUAUAAAUACCGUGUGAAAAUAACUCCUGGCAAUGCAAAGAAAGGAAAAGCUGCCAAAACGGCUAUGAAUUUGUUCAGCCACACUCCAGAAGCAACAGUUAGAGAGAAGGAAUUGAUGAAAGCAUGCACGGAUCCUGAAUUGGUUGCUGCCAUAGUUGGCAAUGUUAAGAUAACAGCUGCAGGCCUUACUCAACUCAAACAGAAGCAAAAGAAAAGCAAUAAGAGUAGCAAAGGAAAAAGCUAGCCAGCAUAGUGCCUGCCCAUUAUUGUCUUACUCACAAGUUUUUUCACGAAUGGAAGAGCACAAAGGAUCUACAUUCAGAGUGUUUAUACUUUUGUACAUGUUAAAUUUUGCUCCAGACAAGUCUUUGUUCCUAGUCAAUCUGAUUUUGCAGUAAACAUCAAAGUUGUCAAAUCUCAACACAAGGGCUAUAGCUUUUUGUUUGGAAAAACAUGUGUAGAAGAAUUUCGUUAGUCCCUCCUUGUACAUUGUUACUUUGAACAUCAGUUCUCAGUAUAUCGAAACUACUUGAAUCUAAUUUUUACUUAUUUUUUGUGCGUA